UGUUGAUUUGGUCAUAAAAUUAGUGAUUAUUUUGUUCAUUUGCUCGAUGUGUGAAAGUGACGUGUGGUGUUGAUUUAAAAAAUUGAUAUUAUUUUUGUUCAGACAAUAAAUUAUAGAGUGUAGAAUGUCUAUUUCAGCAGUUUUGGAGCAUUUCACGAGUGAAGCUCGUUAAUAAAUCAUAGCAGCAUAAUUUUGGUGUAUGAUCUUGAAAUUGGCCUUAUUGACAUUACUAGUUAGCCCUUUGAUCUUUGCCAUUUUGUUGAUAUUUCUGAAAAUUAAUUAUGUCUUGGCUUGGAAAUCUUGCUACAGGAAAUGCCAUUUUUAGAAAUAUAUUUGCUGGUAUCAAUCCCCCGAAUAAAGUUUUAGAGGUGAAGACUGAUAAGUACAGCCAUCGAGAUAUUAUUUGCAGAGAAGAUAGCAUUGUUUUUUAUGGGCCAACUUCAAAUGACAAGGCAUUUGAAGUAGUAGUUCUUCGUGCUUACUGUGAACAAGCCUACAGUGUUUACCGUUCUGAGAACAAAGUAGAUGUGGAGACAAAAUUUAUUCAACUGAGGGAUAAGUUGCCAGUUCUUGUCUCCAUCUCUGCAACGGUGAACACGCUGAGUGGGAUACAGAAGUUGUGUGAUGUUAUUGAGAAAUACCCAUCCUGGACAAUCGCUCAUCUUGCAGUAUACUUGAACCUCACAGACUGUCUCAACUCGGAGCAGGUUCUCAGCCACCUGAACAGCUGUGAUCCCUUCACUGGUGAGUCGCCGUUACAGUUGGCCAUAAAGGAACAGAAUCUGCCUGUGGUGCAGAAUCUGGUUGCUGCCAAUGCCUCUUUGGAACACCUGGACAAUGAAGCUAACUCAGUGUUCCACUACGCAGCAUCCACCAACAAGGACAUUAUCAUGGCACUGUUAAACAACGGGCAAGCAAAGUGCCUCAACUUCCGCAACAUCUUUGGGCAUACACCACUGCAUGUUGCGUGUAAGGCAGACAAGACUGACUGUGUGCAGACAUUGCUGGCCAAGGGGGCUGACGUUAACAUCCCGGCUACACAAGGACAGACGAGCUCGUUCCCUCCUAGCUAUGUGGGUGACUUCAUGCAGGGCAACACCAAGAAACUAUACAUACAGGACAUGAAAUUUGGAGGGACUCCUCUGCAUUGGUCCUGUUCCCGCGAGGUUAUGGAGCAACUUGUCGACUGCAACUGUGACAUCAAUGUGCUCAACUUCCAAAAACGCACAGCUCUUCAUGUAAUGGUGAUGCGAAAUAGACUUGAAUGUGUGGUGGCACUUCUGAGCAGACAUGCAGAUGCAGAUAUUCCUGAUGAAGAUGGCAACACUGCUCUCCACCUGGCAGUCACAGUAAAGAAUAUCUCAAUUAUCCAAGCUCUCAUUGUGUUUGGAGCUGAUCUCGCUUAUGUGAACAACUUAGGUAUGACAGCUAGACACCUGGCAGCCCAGGAUCAGGAUUCAACUAAUCAGCGUAUCCUAUACCUACUGCACGCAGUAGGUGCACCCCGCUGUGAGAUUGACACACACGGCUGUACUGAUGGCUGCAUAAGGGAUGGCAUUUACAAUGGCCUUCCACCCCCCAUCCCACAAUCAGCGAAGACUCGUGCUAUAAUGAAGUGUUUGGAGUGUGUGGCGAGUCAUGGUACAAGCAAUAACGUGCGCGGUGGUCGCGUGUUGUGUCUGGACGGCGGAGGGAUACGUGGCCUCGUACUGAUUAUCAUCUUGUUGCACUUGGAGGCUGAAGUUAAUCAACCCAUAAUCCAUUGCUUUGACUGGGUUGCCGGCACCUCCACUGGAGCAAUCUUGGCACUCGCAUUGGCUGCAGGAAAGACGCUAAAAGACUGCCUCUGCUUGUACUUUCGAAUGAAAGAGAAUGCAUUCACUGGAAGCAAACCGUACCCAAGCGAGCCUCUGGAAAAUAUGCUGCAGCAGACACUGGGCUCUGAAGCUGUCAUGGCUGAUAUAAAACACCCCAAGUUGAUGAUCACAGGGGUGCUGUCAGACCGGAAGCCUGUAGAACUCCAUUUGUUCCGCAACUAUCUUUCACCCAGCGAAUUGGUAGACCCAACAGAACCAAGUGGAGAGUACGCAGCUCCACCAUCCAUGCAGGAGCAGCUGUUAUGGAAGGCUGCUAGGGCAAGUGGAGCAGCACCCUCGUACUUCAGGGCAUUUGGCCGGUUCAUCGAUGGAGGCCUGAUUGCCAACAAUCCGACGAUGGAUGCCCUGACCGAGAUCCACGAGUACAAUGCAGCACUGAAGGUGGUGGGGAGGGGGUCGGAAGUCAAACCACCCACAGUUGUGGUCUCCGUGGGAACAGGCUGUGUUCCAGUCAAAGAGUUGAAUGGAUUGGACGUGUUCCGACCAGAGACUCUGACCGACACAGUCCGCCUCGCCAGAGGCAUCUCUGCGUUGGGUACGCUCCUGGUUGACCAGGCCACGCUAGCGGAUGGCAGGAUCAUAGACCGCUGCAAUGCUUGGUGCGCAAUGAUCAACGUUCCUUACUUCAGGUUUUCGCCACAACUCUCUGAGGACGUUGCUUUGGAUGAGAAGAGCGAUGAGAAACUAGUCAACAUGCUGUGGGAAACCAAGUCCUACAUUUUCAGCAACGACAAAGCCAUUAAACAACUUGCAUCGCUUCUCAAGUGUGAAGGAGGCAUUGGUCAAGUGAUGUUGCAGUUAUUUCGAUGUCUUGUCACGUUUACCAUAACCAUCUUAGAUUGCCUUUCAAUUAAUAUUUUGGAACCGGGGUAAGCAAGUAAGCUGGAACCUACGCUCAUGGAACGCUUGAUGGUGAACACAAGUGUAACCCAUACGAGACUGGUAAAGUCAGUACUGUAGUUAUAUUGUUGCACCACUCAGAUGUAUGUCAAUGUUAUACAUAAUAUUCAAUGCUGUGUUAUUAUAUAGUUUAUGUAGUACCUUAUACUGUGGUCACACUUAGAUUUUUGCUUUGUCAAACUCUCAAAGGGUCAAGAGAGAUAUUGUUUGUUACAGCAUCAUCAUUAAACGUACUCUAUUUAUGCCAGUUAAAUUUAUCUCCUAAUAAGAAGUGGAAGUAAAUUUUUUGGCGAUAAUCAAUUCCAAGAUUUGUUCUAAUCUUGGCUCUAAUCUGAGCUUUUUAUUUUACCUUACCUGUUGUUAUAAUAACAGUGUGUUAUACAAUCUUUUAAAUUUGUUGCACGAAAGAUACUUUUGUUUUUAGUCUAAGAACUUAAUUUCUUUACUAACACUGUAAAAAAGACUGUAGAUUAAGUUUUAGUUUUAUGCAUUAGUUUACAGACAAUAAAUUUAUUUUGCAUAACAUUUAGCCAUUUAUUAAUAAAUUUUUAUAUGCUGCA